CAGGCCCAUGGAGUCUGCGGUUGCCAUGCCGACCGUCCUCACCCCUGGUUCCCAGCACCCUGGAUGAUGUGACAUGGACUUGCUGUUCCAGAUCACCGCCUGUCUGUAGAGGGAAGCACAUCACACGCUGCUGGAGACACAAGUUCAGCUCGUGUUGGAUGGAGUGAGACAAACCACAUUUUCUCAUUUUGCAUUUGAAAUCCUUUUCUUUUUUGCCUCGUUCAUUUUUUUUUUUUCUACAGCUCCCGAGUGUGAAUUGUAUUUCCUGCAAAAUAACGUAUUGCAACAAACUCCAACAUGACGGAUAAUAGAUUUGCUGCAGCCACUGCUUUGCCGGUCAUUUUUAUUGCAAGGCGAGCAUGGUUUUACAUUGGGCAUUGAGUGGUUUGUCUUUUAGCAGCCAGAGAUACAGAUAAGAAAAUUCCACCGCCAACGAUUUCAUCUCCACGACUUUCUAUGCUCCGAAGGAGCGUGGACGAUCGAAGACCCGAGGAGCCGGCUUCCUGGCGUGAAAGUGUGAAAUUGUUCGGAAGUGUGUGAUGCAUCUUUCUAACUAAUUCUUCGACGGCCGCCUGACGUCACCCAAAGCAGCACUUGGCUGGCACUUGGUAUCUUCCCUGUCAGUUUGUGAGCGCUCGCAGAAGGGUCUGCUUCCAGCCUGGGAGAUAAUUACAUCUCUGAAAGCCUGACGUGCAUCCUGUUCAGCCGUCCACAUUCUCCUUGUUGCUCGCUGGGGUGAAAGACCGAAAUGAGUCGGUGCCGGAAGAGGUGUAAGAGACAGCUGAGUAAAGUUGCUCGUUAUUUUUACCAAUUGGUCACCGGGACCCUCCCAGAAGACAGUAUAGAGGAUGAGUUUGAGUUGUCUACAGUUUGCCAUCGUCCAGAAGGACUGGAACAACUACAAGAACAAACCAAAUUCACGAAAAGAGAACUUCAGGUACUCUAUCGAGGCUUUAAGAAUGAAUGUCCUAGCGGCAUUGUCGACGAAGAUAAUUUCAAACAGAUUUACUCCCAGUUUUUUCCACAAGGAGACUCCAGCAUGUAUGCACAUUUUCUAUUUAACGCCUUUGACACCGACCACAGUGGUUCCGUCAGCUUUGAGGAUUUUGUAGCAGGAUUGUCUGUUAUCCUACGAGGAAGCAUAGACGACAAACUCAACUGGGCCUUCAACUUGUACGAUUUAAACAAAGACGGCUGCAUCACUAAAGAGGAGAUGAUGGACAUCAUGAAAUCUAUAUAUGACAUGAUGGGCAAGUAUACGUACCCAAACAUGCGGGAGGAGGCUCCCAGGGAACACGUGGAGAACUUUUUUCAGAAAAUGGAUAAAAAUAAGGAUGGCGUAGUCACAAUUGAAGAAUUCAUUGAAUCGUGUCAGAAGGAUGAAAAUAUCAUGAGAUCCAUGCAGCUAUUUGACAACGUAAUUUAGUGACGGCUGCGAUCGAAAGAUUUCUUGAGAUUCCACUUUUUGAAUGGACAUGCUUCUGACUGCACAAUUACAGAACUGCGUGUCUAAUGCAAACUAAAAUGCAAACAUAUUCUCUGUAUGAUUCCCCAGUCAUUGUACAAAAUAUAUAUAAACAGAAAAGCAUAAAGAAGACGACCCCUCAGCUGAAGAUUCCAAGGCUCUUGUCUAAUGACGCUUCUACGCCGCCACCUAGAGUAUCUGUCCGGAACUUCGCCACUUGUGUUGGAUGACUUUUUACACAUCUUGGGACCUGUGUUGAACAUAUUACAGAGUGAAACUAACUAUCUGCUGAUGUCCAAAAACCAGAGAGAGACUUUACACGGAUCUUGUUUUACUUUUCGGUUUCAGAAAACGAUGAAAGUAUCACUGCAUCGCUAUUACGUUAUCAUAUUACGCAUGAUUAACUGCUGUAUGUUUUAAUAUGUUUAAUUGCUGAUCAUCACGACCUUAAAAAUAUACCUCAACUGAACGGCUAGAUACACUCUCAGUUUACCGUGAACCAAUGAGAAAAGAUGGAUGUUGCCCAACCUUACAGAGUAUUGUUUAAUAUACUGUAUAGUACUAAUAUUAUUUAAAGUAUAAUGAUUUUCCGUUGAGUUUUUAAGUUGGAAAUGUUCCUUUAUAGCAGGGUUAUGCAAACUGGAGCCAAAAAGGCCUUGUGGGACCAAGUACCAGGGUGCCCUUCCAGCCUUUGGCUGGAUAACAAUACUGGGACUUGUAGUCCCACAUCAGCAGGUGAACCAUGGGUUACCUACCUUUGCUUUGCUGAAAACGUGAGUCUGCAGUGAAGCGAAUGACAAGCAAAGUAGAUAAGGCGGGUUCUGUGUUUGGCACGUGUUUCUACAGUACCCUUUUGGAAUUAUGUUAUUUAAAGAACAAACACUGUCAUUGGGAGCAUUAAUUACAGAAAAUAUAAAUCAUGACUUUCCUUAGAGAAAGGUUACUUGGAGCAAUAGUAGUAGCAUUACAGUGGAAGGGACAUUACCAUUAGUCGUACGUGUAGUCUAAGGAUUGGGUGAAACACAUUUGGGCCUGAAUUUUUUUUAACACCGUUAAGAAGGGAUCGUAAAUAUAAGUACAAUGAUAAGUAAAAAAAUUCAAAUACAUAUAUAUAUAUAUAUAUAUAUACAGUAUAUUUAGACAAGCUUGAAUAUAUAUAUAUAGAGAGAGAGAGGGAGGGAUAUAUACUGUAUGCAUGUAUAUUAUAUACAUACAUAAAUGGAAUUGAAGGAGAAAGUUAAAUACAGUACAUGUAUAUUUUGGGCGCAGUUCCAUAAUUAUGCAUACUUACUGUAUAUCUGUAAUGAAUAUAUAAUUGUCUGAUGACGCUUCUCCACCGCCUCCUGGAGUAAGUGUUCGGAACUUCACCACAUUUGUGUCGGAUAACUUGGAUAUAAGUUCUUACAGAUCUUGGGAUCUGUGUUGAACAUAUUACAGAGUGUAACUAACUUUCUGCCUCUUUGAUAAUACUGCCCCUUUAACUGUAUAGAAGGAAAAGUCAAAUUUCCUAUUAAAUGAAACGUCCAUCUUUAGACACCUUUGGACAUUUAGUCCCCCUUGCGUGGUGGCCUUCCCACAGAUUACAGUGAGAUGUGGUCUCCCCAAUAUGGGCCGUUAGAUUUGUUCUUACUGACAGUUCCUACCUGGGGCUCAUUUACUAUAAUGUGCACUUAAACAUUGCCGCCAAUCAGAGACUUGCCGUCAUUGCCUUACUUGCACCAGGAGAUAAAAGCUAAUUGCUUAUUGGGUGUUGUGCAUAUGUUGCAUGUAAAUGCAAAGUUAGUAGAUGAGCCCUGAUACCUAAAUGUUCUGCUUAAACAGCAUAAUAACACCACAGGUGUAAUGUUAGUGAAUAGGUAAGACAUAUAUAAAAUGAAUAUGCGUCACAUGAGAGAAGGCAGAGUGAGACCCUGUAAUGUGUUUAUGGGACAUCUUCUAAAAAUGUUUAAAAUAGAGGUUUCAUUGAAUAGUACAUUGUACGUUUCAGGCAUAACUUGUCAUCCAUGUGCUUCACUACAAAUCUACAGAUCUAUCAGCCCCUUUCCAAAGGAGCUGCAAGUGGAUGAUGCGCUGUGGGCAGAUAAAUUUGGUCGUUCCAGCAGGUUAAAAAGAGCAAUGGUUCCUGUCACUCCGGAUUUGAGUACUUGGUGCUCGCAAACAGCUUCUUCCUAUUUGCAACACCAAAUAAGUUCUUGUUUAGGCCCAGAUUUAUCAAGCCUUGGAGAGUGAUAAAUUACACGGAGAUAGAGUACUAACCAAUCAGCUCCUAUCUGUCAUUUUUCAAAGACAGCCUGUACCAUGGCAGUUCAAAGCAUACUUGCCUACCCUCCCGGAAAGGCUGGGAGCUCCCGAAAAUCGGGUAGCCCUCUCGCCCCCCCGGAAAGGUGGGCAAGUGUCCCGCUUUUGUUGGCAGCCCCCGCACUCCCCCUCGGCCGCCCACAGCAGAGAAUAAGUUGGCGGUCCGAGGGGGAUACAGUGCCUGUUUACUCGGCACUGUUUAGCGGGGGCGGGGCUACGAUGAUGCGAGUAUGGUGCCACGCCCCCUCACCGCUCUCUUUCCCCGUCGGCCACGCCCCUGGACCAACCACAUUGCUGCCGGAAACCCCCCCAUUAGCCUACCACGCUGCAGCCUCCUGGAGGAUGGUGCAGCAAGGUAGGCAACUAUGGUUCAAAGCUGAUUGGCUGAUGCUUAUCACUGUGCACUUUAUCACACUCCAAGACUUGAUAAAUCUGGGCUAUACAUGCUGACAUCCUGGCUGCUCUCUCCGGGAGAGAGCAGCAAGGUCGGCUCAGCAGGGUGGCGGGGCAGGCCUAUGACGUGAAUAGGGGGGCGGUGCGGAGGCAGAACAGUGCGGGCUUAUUGUGGCACAUCAUUUAAGCCACGCCCCCUGCUCUGUAAUGCCGCGAUUACCGGCGUUAUACAGCAGGGGACGUGGCUAUGAUGACACGAUUCAGCACGAAUCACGUCAUCAACUGCCCGGACCGCCCACUUUACUCGCUAAGUGGGCGGCCAGGCAUGGGGGGACCCGCAAAAUCGGGAGACUUGCCUGCUUUUCCGGGGGGCGGGAGGGUCACCUGAUCUUCGGGAGCCUUCCGGCCAUUCCGGGAGAGUAGGCGAGUAUGAUCUGGGCCUUCAUGCUUUAUAGACAUUAUGGUUUUAUUUUGUGGAUUCAUGCAAAAGAGUGUGUCCCACUUGCUGCCCCUACCAGUGGCAAAUGCAGGAUUUCUAGAGGGGGGUCCAAAUGCAGUAAAGCAGUCUCUCACUCUGCAGAAUUUUGGAGCAAGUGUAGGAGUCUGGGGGAGCGUUAGAAUACCCUGGACAUUAAUGUAAACAUUGGUCUUUUUAUACACUGUAUACUGUAUGGGAUACAGUAUUAAUAAAUAACACUAUAAGUGGUCUAUUGUAUAGGCUUUUCAAACAUUUAAAUAAUAUAAAUAAGUGGUCAGGAAAAGGUUAAACAUACCAUAAUAAAUACACAAACAUAAUAGUACUGCACGUUCUAACCACAUAUUCUCCCACCUCAUGAUACGGCUCCUGUCUCUUCUUCCUGGUAGCUGCUCUCUGGUCCAGUGCACUGAUUGAGGACUCAGAUCCACACAUACAGCAAACUUGGUAGCAGAAGCUGCUACCACUGGGCAUGUGCAGCAGCUCUGCUCUGUCCCUUAAACUAAAUGAUGUGGCGGCAGCUCUAGUAAUUGUAUUAUAUACCAUUGCUGUUGUUGUUAUUUGAGCCACUUGCCAAGAGGAAGGGGGUUUCUGGGCAACCAGAAACCCCCCCUGCAUUUGCCUAUAUAGAUUCGCUGAGACCUACAAUAAACACAGGGUCCACACACAGAAACAUUUUUGCCCACACCGGUAGCAGUAGAAUACACUGGACUGUAUAUUCAAGUAAAACGUUUAACUUUUAUGGUAUGCAGUUUAUAUGUGUACAUUUUUAUUUACUUUGAAUUCAUUUUAGUGCAGCAACAUAUGGGAGAGUUAUUACUAUAAUUUCUUCUGCAUCUCGCCAUCACCUUAUUUUGCUUUUGUUUGUCCUUUGCCUUGUAAGUACUACACAGCGUUUCUGAGCCGAGUGUGAGGUGUGGGAUCAUUGCUUUUGUAAUACAUCGUACAUACUGAAAAUACUGUUUUUAUCAAUCAUUUAGCAAUUUUACCGAUUUGGAACUUUAGUUAAAUGUUAAAAGUUCUUCAAUGACAUUGUGUAAUUUUAAUUAGUUCCAUAGCGCGAUUGCCUCUAGGCUCCUGCAAGGUAUCCAAGCUCCAUAACUGCAUUCAUUGAUUUCAUCUUAAAUACAUUGUGCACUUAGCUAGAGUCAAUGUAUUUACACUUAACCCAAUUUCAUACCAACAUUUUAAACUCCUCAGUUUUACUGGUAAGACUGGCCUGGGAAGGGGAUGAAGGGGGUUUGGACCAGAGCCCUCAAAGUACUGCCUUGCCCCAGGUGACAAAAAUCCUACUUUCGGCCUUGCAUACAUUCCCCAGCAAUUGACUUUUCUUGCAAAAAACAGCAGAUUGCGGGUGAAACCAUGCCCACUACAACAUAGGAAUGCCACCAGUGUGCCUUGGCCGCACCCCAUGUACCGAUUCUGAGCAAAAAGAUUUUGGGAGAUAUGUUGUGAUAAGCAAAUACCACGUAGCAUUCUGUGUGAGAUUUUUUUAAUUUUUUUUUUUAACAACUUGGAUGUAUCUGCAACUUAAAUAUCUAGCUAGUUAUUAGACAUUAAGGGAUCUAUUUGCUAAGCCUUGGAUCAAGAUAAAGUGGAUGAAUAUAAAGUACCAGCCAAUCAGCUGAAGGUUAGGACCUGAUUGGCUAGUACUUUAUCUCCAUCAACUUUAUCGCCAACCAUAGCUUAAUAAAUAGACCCCUGGCCUAAAGUCCUUGUGUAUUUAAAUUGUUCACACAAUACCCUACUCUUCCUUUAGUCUUCAAGGUUGAGAAAGAUGGCAGAUUUUAUUAUAUGCUCACAGGGAGGGUAGAAAAUCUUCAGCAAUCUGUAAUAUCUGAAAAUAAUGGGAGUAGACGUGUCACGCCAAUUUGUAGUGUUGUAGAUCAUCUGAACACAGAGAUCAGAUAUAACUGUAACUUCCCCACCCUACAAUUGUGUCACCUGAUUUGUAUUUGACCUAUCUAAUGCCAGAGAAUGUUCCAUAAAGCGACGUUUAAUUGGGAUUCACAAAUGAUAGGGCAGCGUAAAUUAAGUGGUAUAGAAUUCCUAUGCACAUUUUUCUUAUUUAGUUUUUCUUUCGGACAGUGCAAUAAUCUUCCAAAAUGUAGAAAUUUUAAGGGAGACCCUUUGUGUUGUUUUUAUAUGCGGUUGGAAAAUGGAAAAAAUCAAUAAAAAAAAAUCUAAAGAAGAAUUAGAAGCAUGCUUUAGGAAACCAGAGAUUAUGUAUGGCUGCUUGUAACUCAGCCAGUGUAUAUGACAGCUGAGAUCCACAAUUAGCAAUAUCCCAGUGCUGGAACUGAAGAGAAUCCCUACAGCUCUCCAGCAAGCUUCCACGACUUGACAUUGGGAUGAGUUGCCUAGGAGUGUCAAGUCCUCCAGCAUGACAUGUACAUGAUUGAAAGUUUGCAUUAACCUCAUAUUUAUCACCUGACUUGGAGGUAUGUUCCAUCAGACUACUCUUUGUCGUGUUCCGCCGUCUGAAUGCCUGUUUCAUCGUCAUUACGGAAGCGAAACCGCACUGACCUAAAAAUAGAAAUAAAAAGUAAAAACAAAACCUCACUUAUUAUCGCAUGAGCUGUGUAUAUAGAAGAUUAACUCACUAUACUCUACUAUGUCUAGUUAGUUAGCCUAUAAUAGCUGCUUUGCAUUUCAGAUAUGUAUAUUUUGUACAAAAACAAAAAUAAAUACCAAGAUUGCUAUGCACAA